AAUUCAAAAUCAAAAAUUCAAAAUAGAGGGAAAAAAAUACACACUCACUUUACCAAUUUUUCCAAAUUCACUGCCGUUGCAAAUUUAAAAGACGCUCCCCCCAUUUCAAAAAACACACACACACAUUUCGAUUUAUUCAUUCAUUCUUCUCCAAAAAAAAUCUGAAAAUGGAAGACAAAUACGAAAAGCUCGAGAAAGUCGGUGAAGGAACCUACGGCAAAGUCUACAAAGCCAAAGACAAACAAACCGGCCAACUCGUCGCCUUAAAGAAAACCCGACUCGAAAUGGACGAAGAAGGAAUCCCUCCAACCGCUUUACGCGAGAUCUCGCUUCUUCAAAUGCUAUCGAAUUCAAUCUACAUCGUCCGAUUAAUCUGUGUUCAGCAUAUUCAUCACAAAGGCAAACCCUUACUUUACUUGGUUUUCGAGUACCUUGAUACAGAUCUCAAAAAGUUUAUCGAUGUUCAUCGAAAAGGACCGAAUCCGUCUCCGUUACCGAGUUCGCAGAUCCAGAGUUUCUUGUUUCAGUUGUGUAAAGGUGUUGCUCAUUGUCAUGGCCAUGGUGUGCUUCAUAGGGAUUUGAAGCCGCAGAAUUUGCUAGUGGAUAAAGAAAAGGGGAUUUUGAAGAUUGCUGAUCUUGGUCUUGGAAGGGCUUUUACUGUUCCUCUUAAGAGUUAUACUCAUGAGAUUGUUACGCUUUGGUACAGGGCGCCUGAGGUUCUGUUGGGUUCGAAAAAUUACUCCCUUGGUGUUGAUAUGUGGUCUGUUGGAUGCAUUUUUGCGGAGAUGGCUAGGCGACAGGCUUUAUUUCCGGGUGACUCUGAGUUCCAACAACUACUUCAUAUUUUCAGGCUCCUUGGGACUCCAACAGAAGAGCAGUGGCCAGGGGUGACCGAUCUUAAGGACUGGCAUGUCUACCCGAGGUGGGAACCUCAGAAUCUGGCGCGUGCUGUUCCGUCCUUGGGACCUGAUGGUGUUGAUCUUCUACAGAAAAUGCUGAAGUAUGACCCGGCUGAGAGGAUCUCAGCCAAGGCUGCUAUGGAUCAUCCAUAUUUUGAUAGCCUGGACAAAUCCCAGUUCUGAAGCAUUUUCACCUGUGACUGGAUUGAAAGAUGGCAUCAUCAUCUUGGUGAUUUUAAUGUGAUGUACUGUUUACAGUUUGUGUGUUUUGUCCAAUAAUGGUUUUAGUAUUUCAUUUAAGUUUGUGUUGCAUUUUUUUUUUAUCUAACUAAAAUGGCAUGGACCUACAAUUCCCCAUUGUGAUUACAAUUCUUUGUUAUGGAACAGUUUCUUUGCUGUUA